UGUUAAUGGACUUAAUCUCUAACCAGAAUUUAUUUAGCACUCAAAUAGCAAACUUCAGUAUGCUGACUAAAUAUUUCAACUGGAAAUCAAUAAAAAAAGAAGUAAAAACUGUUUAGAUUAGCUUUAGUGCAUUCGUUAACUCUAUAGCAAUUAAUAAUUUACUUUUUUCAACUCUUAAACACGCAUACACAUAUUCAAGGCCAUGUAUAGUUGAUUCAGUAAAUUGUCAACAAAAAAACUUACCUCUAGCCUAUAAGCACAUCUCUGCAAAUUCAUUGUACAUCUGUUUACAUAUAUGUAUGCAUAAUUAAUAAUACUAGACCUAUUAAAAGAAUAUCUCAUGAUCAGGAUAUGCUUAAGAGUUUAGUUACCAAAAUCCAGAUUCAUUUGUGCAUUUUUACUCUAAUGACAAUGUUUACGGGAGGUUAUUUGAACGGAGAUAAAUGAUGUUAGAAUUUUAAAAACUGGUUUCGAAUUAUGUAAUACAAAUCAUGCAUUCAACAAAGUUGUGAAAAAGUUCAACACAUUGGUAAUAUUGAAUUGUAUGAACUCACGUAUUUAUGAGUGUGGAACGUUCCAAAUAUUAAAGAAAACAUAUUUUUUAUAAACAUAAUGAGACAAGUUUUGAACGUUCUAUUUUUUGCAUAGAAUUCUAGAAAAAUACGACGUCAAAUUCAAACACUACACAAACACAUAUUUGGCUGCAAUGAAUUUCGAAUUUAAACGUACCUCUGACAUAUCAACAUUAUCGAAUAAAGAGACUGAAAGUAAAUUUGAGAAAAAACAUGAAAAUAUUACAAUCCUUAAACAGGACUUUUCGAGCCCGCUAGAUGGUGAUAAUGACAAUGGUGAACAAUUCAAAUUAUCUGGAAAUUCAACAGAAGUGAAAAGCUCUUCAUCUCAUUCUCUAGAAUCUCUAAAUACAAUGAUAAUAUCAAAAGUAUCUGUGAAUCGUCAAUUUUCUGUACCAGAUGCUCCAAUUCCAUUGAAAUUUACUCCAGUCAACGUUGACUUGUUACCAUUAGAUUUAUUGUCUGAUUCACAGAAUAAAACCAUACAUGAAUUACUUAGUCAUAAUGAAUCUUUCACUGAAAGCGAACAGAUCAAAUUGUUGAACAAUGAAGAUUAUAUGGACAUAAAGGAAACCACAAAUAAAAUUCGUUCACAUUUGGAUUACCUUCAUAAACAUGAAAGUCAACAUUUAAAGAUUUUGGAAGAAAUUAAAACGUCAUUAGAUUUUAUUAAACAAAAACGUACAACAAAUGAAAUCAUGACAAUACGAUUAUCUGUUAAUUCAAUUGAAACUAUACAGAAAAAUUUUAUUCAUGGAUUAAAAAUUUGUCUACAAAAUGGAGAUGUUAAUUAUAAAAACUUUCUUGAUCCAUUCAAAUUGUUAAUCAAUCGUCAAAUAGAAAUAUCAAAUUAUGUUAGCAAAAUUUCAAAACUUCUGAAAAAUUUAAAACCUGAAAAAUCAGAUACUCUAGAUAGUAAAUCACUGAAUUCAUUUAGACUUCAGGAGCCAACGACUUGGAUUACACAGACUGUUGAAAACAUAAAAACUUUAGUUCUGCUACUUGGUACAGAUUCACCUCAUUAUCCUGAACUUCAAAGAAUUUAUAAAAGAUUACUGGAGGAAUCACUGAAUUCAAAUAAUAGUAUAGAAGAUAAGACGAUAAAUGAUUCCAAUCGUUUGAUUAUGCAUAGUUUAGUGGUUGAACUUACUUCUAAAACAAAUAGUCGUAAAUUGCGUUACCUAUUCCUGUUUAAAGAUGUACUUAUCUGCGCAAAAAUAAAGUUCGCAAUGGGUUCAAGACAAAGGAUAUUACAUGAGAAUGCUUCACUGAGUGAGUCGCGAUUUCGGAGAAAAAGAUCUGGAAAAUUUUCUGCUCCUAGCUAUGAACUCGAAAUAAAGUGGUUUAUUUCAAUGGAAGAAAUGAGUUUGUUAUCUAAUUCAAGAGUUGGGAGUGAUGAUCGAGGUCGAUUACAAAACCAAAAAAAUCUAGACGAACUGAAAGGCAUGGUUCGUAAUUUACGGCAAACAAUGAGUCGUAGUCUAGAGGAUAAACAUUCAUCCAAGAAUACGUCUAAAUUAACCAGUCUAAGUAAAUUAGAAGGUAAACUUGUUUUGGAAACACCGCAACUCAUAUUACCAAUCGCUGACAAAAGUGGUCGUAUUCAUAAUAUCCUUCUAUCAACUGAAAGAGAACGAACACACUGGCGAUCUGCUUUAGAACAAGUGUUAGAUAAACUGCCUCAUAAUACUGAUAAAUUUUAUUCUUUAAGACGUACUACUCCAGAUAAAAUAAGUACGGAUUAUUUUCAUUCACCAUCGCGAAGCCGUAGUUCUUCGAUUGGAGAUUUUAGCGAACGCCUAAAAAAAUAUAAACACAUGGUUAAAUUAAACAAAGUUGGUCUCUCAAUAAUUGACAAAGAUGAACCGAUAACUGGUUAUAUCAAAGCUACAGUACAUGGAAUUGAUGGAUUGAAUGAGAAAAACAGUUAUCAUGUUCGUAUUGAAGUUGAUUCAUAUGGUCAAUAUGAAGAAGUAGCUUGUACACGUGUUUUACAACAAUGUAAUCCACAAUGGGAACAGUCAUUUGAUUUAGAGGUGGAUGGUGCAUGGACGAUAUGUUUUACAUUAUACAUUCAUCAAGAAAUGUUUGCAGAAUUAGACGUUCCUUUAGAUCUAGAAUUACUUAAAACCAAUUCACGAAUAGAUAUGAAGAUAUUAACGAAUGAAAAUCCUCCACGUAGUCUAACCUUCUCCGUAUCUUUGGAAUAUGUUGAUCAAGUAAAUCUUAAUAAAAAUAGACGGUCUGAAAUACGUGGGAAUCUAUUCGGACGUCAUUUAACAGAGCUUAUAAGGGUUCCAAAUGACAUCGAUAAGAAUGAGUGUACAAAAAAGCAUAAAUCUGAAGCUUUUAUACCCCGUUUUGUAAUCGCAUGUGUCGAAGAGAUUGAAAGGCGAGGUUUAUUAGUAGUUGGACUCUAUCGAUUAUGUGGUUCCAAUGAUAAUAUCAAAGCUUUAAAAAGUGAAUUUGAUGAAAGUUGUACUUUAGCUAUUCAAAGAUUACCGCUUGUUGAAUUACCGGUGAUUACUAGCUUAUUAAAACAGUUCUUUCAACAUUUACCAGAGAGUUUGGUUGAUUAUUCAGCUACUAUAGCUUUACUUCAAGCAGUUGAAAUUCCUGAUGAAUCCGUUCGUUGUCAACUCAUUGAAGACAUCCUUGUCGAUCUUCCCACCCCAAACCUGGAAACAUUCAAUUACUUAGCCAAUCAUUUAGUCACGGUAAGUAAUUAUAAAGCGCAAAAUAAAAUGGAUUUAGGCAAUCUUUCGUUAAUAUGGAGUUACACCUUGUUUGAAUGUUCACCUAAAACCAUACCGUCUACUGAAAUGAAUGAACAAACUAAAAGCGGAUCUUCAUUGAAAUCAAACACAGCUGAAAUUCAAGCAGCUUUUAGUUUUCAACAGGCAAAAGUAUUAAACUGCAUCCUGACAUCAAUGAAAUCCGGAAAACUGACAAUACCAUCUCAUAGCAAUGUAAUUAGACCAGUAUAUUCAUAAAUUAUAAUAAACUUGAUGCUUUUUUAUCUACAAAGUUGAAUGUAUUUUUUAUUGUUCGUUUCAAUAUUUUUAUUUUGCUCAUAAAUAGGAAUCACAAGAGUUUUGAUACUUCUGCCAUUGCUUUCUUAAAAUCAAAAACUUACUUUGUAUCCUAUUGGUUAGAUGAAUAUCUAUUUCAACAAUGUUGUAGUAGAUUUAUUUACGGGAAAGUAGAUUAUUAAAUGUCUGAUAUUAGUCCUAUAGUUAAAUAUACGUGGAUAACCAUUUCUGAUGAGUAUCUGUCGAAGCUGAAACAAUUCGUUAUCUAUCAUGUCAUUAGAACAUAUUCGCCUAAUCCUUGAGGAUAAAGAGUAAGUCAAGUUUCUCUUUCUACUGAAUGGGACACAGCUAUAGAAAUUUGUACACUCCCCAUUGUAUACGUAUAACCAUUUGGCCAUCUUUUCAACUGGACAUCAAGAAUCUUCGGUCACCUCUUCCUCCAAUGUAAAUUGAAUCGAGUGAUGACAAUCAUUGAAUUGAUUCAAAAAUUCAUCUUCUUCACAAAUAAUGGAAGUAUCAUUCAUAUAUCUCUGAUAUAAAUGAUAGGGACUUAACACCAAGACAACAUUCUGAUAAAGUGUCGACAUUUUAAAAGAAAACUUUUUAUGAAAAUAGAAUUUGAAUGAGAUGUAGAUGCCAAACUCUUGUAAAAAAACGGAUUUCAAAAGCCCUAAAUAAAAUGUUCUAUUCAGCUAAGCUCUGUAUUGAUUUCUCAAUCCGGCCUACAAUUUACAGAUGUGCUAAGGAUAAACUUCCGCUUUAGGCGAAAUCGAUGUUCAACUAGAAGUUUACUUGUUUCUGUGAGGCAGGAUACCUUGGACACACAAAGCGAUCAUUUUCUAAAUUCGUCUCAGAACAGUACCCGGUGUGGCUUUUAAGAGAAGAAUGAAAAACUAUUAUCAGUUCAAUAUAGGAACACCUAAUCAACUCUGAACACGUCGCUCUGAAGGAGUCUUCAUUCAAAACAAUCUCCACAAUCAAAUGAACUGGAUCGAAGGGAGGUCGAAUUAAAAACUUAUUCACAGUUGAGGCAUUGGUGAUCCACCAAUUCAAGCCUGUGUGCAAAAACGAUACGUCCAACCUGUCAUCCUCCCUUGGCCCUAAUUGUUCUCUAAACUCCUGAUUAUUACGCAACCACAUUUGGUAAUUAGAGUCUCGAAUCACUUUAUGAUGCAUUCCUUUUUAUCCUACUAUAGACAUAUGUUUGCCAUACAAAUAUAAAUACGAAUAUACAACUUAAGUAAAUGAUUUCAU